AUGAGCAGCCUCGAUUACAAGGAGGACGCCAGAGACCUCCACGCGUUCAAAGAGCUGCGCUUCUUCCUGAGCCACUCGGUCCCGCUCGAGAUCCGCUGCGGCGUCGCUCGCCUCGAGCUCCCGCUUGUUGCUGACUACCUGCUUGGAAGCGACGGCGGCAUCGCGGGCGGCGAUGCUGACUAUGGGAACAACAACCAACAGUCGCGGCAGCAGCAGCAUAAAACGAGGGGCCAGCAGAAGAAGCACGGCUUGGUGCCCGAGGUGGCGGCGGGCACCGCUGAUGACGGCGAGGAGAUUGCGCGGAUUGUCAGGCGCAUCGUCGCCGAGCCGGAGCUGGUUGCCACCUGCCAGCUCUUCUCCGACGGACAGCCCAUGCACAAGAUCGCCAUGAGCUCGCAUACCCCGUCGAGAUACGACCCGAGGCAGCAUGCCAUCGUUUGGGACGACAGCAUGUGUUUUCCCGUGCGGUACAGAGAUCUCGACCGGAACUCCCAGCUGGUGGUGGUCUUGCGGGGGGCGAAGGACCGCCUCGUGGGCGUAGCGAGCAUGCGUUUCUUCGACGCGAACGGCUCCCUCAACAUGGGCCUCCAGAAGCGGCCGUUUCUCUUCACCGACAGGGCCCCCUUCUCGUGGGACCCGGCCGCCCCGCCGUCCGGCAGAGAGCCGGGGCAGGACGGAGUAUGGUGCGGUAGCGGCGGCGGCGAUGAUGGCGGCAACGGUGACCGCGACGGGAUUCUCUCCACGGAUGACUGGGGUUAG